GUUAAAAGUUCCUUGCAUAAGAUGAUCUGUUGAAUGAACAGGAAAUUGUGGAAGCUGCAUGGUUAUUUCAUAAAUUUCUUAGAAUAGAAGUGUUCAACAUAAUAAGGAAAAGCCAUGGGGAAGGCAAUCUUGAUCAGCCUUCUACUCGCUGUAAGUGUGCGGAACUCUCUGCAAGAAGGCAAUGAUGCUAACAAGGAUGAAUGGUACACGCAUAUGCCGUACUCAUCUCCAAGAAGUACAACUGACAACGAGACAACCGUCCGGACAACACCCAAAGUGGAUCAAGCUUCCAGCCAGUUUGACUGUAACUUCGAUUCAGGAUUCUGUGGAUGGACUCAAGAUAGCACAGAUUCUUUUAAUUGGAUCUUGAACCAUGGUUCUACCGGUUCACAGGAUACAGGACCAAGCUCAGAUCACACGACUGGGAGUAAGUGA